AACUCAUACGGUGCUAAGCACUUACUCACAACUCCCAAGAUAGUUCACUUCCCUUUCACUGUCUCUCAGCAGUAAACAUCUCCUUCAGCAUCCAUCCAUCCCGUCCCAGUAACCCGGCACUCCCCCAUCUCGCUCCUCUCCCCCAGAUCACAGCGACACACCCCACACAACACAGCGAAGCUAGGCUGGCCUUCACCCCCUACAGUCCCUUCUCCUCCAAUCCUCGACGCACAUAGCUGGACGGAGGUCAUCGGAGGGAUAGCUUUCCUGAGACACGCCCCCCCUCGCCCAUCACCAGUCUGCCAGCCCACCGAAGACAGCUCCCAGAAGCAUACUGCCCGGCAACAUCUCCAACAUGAACACACCGAAUCGAGAGGAUCUAUCAGCAACAUGGAACUAUCUGGAGCAGGGAGUGGAGAAGAUCAUGCGGGAUCUGAACAGUGGCAUGGACAUGAAUACAUACAUGGGUGUCUACACGGCGGUUCACAACUUCUGCACAUCUCAACGCGCUGUUAGUGCCAGUCCGUCACUCCAGCAGGCCGCCGGUGGUCAUCGAGCCAACCUUCUCGGAGAGGAUCUAUACAACAAUCUCAUCAAUUAUUUGUCCAGGCAUCUGUCCGGGUUGAAAUUUGAAUCGCAGAAGCACGCUGAUGAAGCGCUGCUGGCCUUCUACAUCAAGGAAUGGGACCGGUACACCACGGCGGCUAAGUACAUCAACCAUCUCUUCCGAUAUCUCAAUCGACACUGGGUGAAGCGGGAGAUGGAUGAGGGGAAAAAGAACAUCUAUGAUGUUUACACGCUUCAUCUUGUGCGAUGGAGAAUGGACCUCUUCGAUGACGUUCAGAAGCACGUUAUGGAUGGAGUGCUCAAGCUCGUGGAGAAGCAACGCAAUGGCGAAACCAUUGAGACGGCGAUGGUCAAGAGCAUUGUCGAUUCGUUCGUGUCACUCGGUCUGGACGAGAACGAUUCCACAAAGUCAACGCUCGAUGUGUACCGCAAAUACUUCGAAUUACCGUUCCUAGAGGCGACGACGGCCUAUUACCAGAUCGAGUCCAAGCAGUUUGUGGCGGAGAACAACGUUGUUGAGUACAUGAAGAAGGCUGAGACAAGGCUGACGGAGGAGCAAAACCGGGUACAAAUGUACCUCCACCCCGACAUCAGCGGGCCUUUGAUGAAGACUUGCGAGCGGGUACUUAUUCAGGAGCACGCGCCACUACUACGAGAGGAGUUCCAGGUUCUGCUGGAUAACGACCGUCAGCCAGACUUGCAGCGCAUGUACAACUUGCUCUCACGCAUCCCUGACGGAUUGGAUCCUCUUCGUACCAAAUUCGAGGCGCACGUACGACGGGCUGGUACGUCCGCGGUGGACAAGAUCGCUGAUGGGGGGGACAGUCUUGAGCCCAAGGUGUACGUGGAUGCUCUUCUCGAGGUCCACACGCAGUACCAGAAUCUCGUCAACACGGCAUUUAAGGGAGAGGCCGAGUUCGUACGGUCUCUGGAUAAUGCUUGCCGUGAGUUCGUCAAUAGGAAUCAAGUCUGCAAAUCGGCAUCGACAAAAUCGCCGGAGUUGUUGGCGAAGUACGCCGACUCCCUCCUCCGGAAAAGCGCAAAGAGUGCCGAGGAAUCGGAUCUUGAGAACAAACUCACGGCCAUCAUGACUGUCUUCAAAUAUGUGGAAGAUAAGGAUGUUUUCCAGAAGUUCUACUCAAAGAUGCUCGCCAAACGUCUGGUGAACAACCUCUCUGCCUCGGACGAUGCCGAGACGAGCAUGAUCGGAAAGCUCAAGGAGGCGUGUGGAUUCGAAUAUACCAACAAGCUGCAGCGCAUGUUCCAAGACAUGCAGAUCUCCAAGGACCUGAACGAUUCAUACAAGGAGUGGCUCACCAAAAUGGCAGACGGCGGGUCAGGAGUGGACUUUUCAUGCCAGGUAUUGGGUACGUCGUUCUGGCCGCUCAACCCGCCCAACACCCCCUUCAACAUCCCCGAGGUCAUCGUACAGACCUACUCUCGUUUCGUCGAGUUCUACAACCAGAAGCACACUGGUCGUAAACUCACGUGGCUGUGGCAUCUGUGCAAGGGUGAUCUCAAGGUCAACUACUGGAAGAACACCAAAGUACCUUACACCUUCCAGGUGUCGACCUACCAGAUGGCGAUAUUGCUCCUCUUCAACGACCAGUUGACGGUGACGUACGAGGACAUCGAUACCACUGUUGGGCUCACCAAGGAUUUCCUGGACCCUUCAUUGGGCGUGUUCCUGAAGGCAAAGGUUCUGACCAUCUCUCCUCCCGGUUCGAAGCCUGGGCCGGAAACGACAUUCACUCUGAACCCAGACUUCAGGAGUAAGAAGAUCCGUGUGAACUUGAACAUCACGGUCAAGGCCGAACAGAAGCAGGAAAUCGAGGAGACCCACAAGACCAUUGAGGAGGACAGGAAGUUGUUGAUGCAGUCGGCCAUCGUACGUAUCAUGAAGGCGCGUAAAGUGAUGAAGCACGUGGUUCUCGUGCAGGAGACCAUCGUACAGAUCCAGUCGCGAUUCACACCCAAGAUUCCCGAAAUCAAGAAGUGUAUAGACAUUCUACUGGAGAAGGAAUAUUUGGAGCGACUCGAUGGCGAACGUCUAGGUAAUUAUACCCGCAUGUGCGUGCAUACAUGGUUGUGCUGACAAUCAUUCUCCACAGGUUACUUGGCGUAGAGAUGCACCGCU